GUGGCACUCAGCAUACCAAACUCUUUUCACUGGAGCAAGCGUCUACACCACUUCUGAUCAUCAUCACCACAGACCAGCAAUCAUACCCCUGGAAGAAAAUACAACGGAAUCACUUUAACGUGGUUGAUAGUCUGUGAAAUUGUAUUCGGUUGAACAGCGCACCCAUCAUUAAACACUGAUUGCAGGAAAUGGCAGGUGUUCAAAAACACAAAUCUCUCGGGCCUCCACCCCAGCCAUAUUCAGCAGCACCACCUUGUUAAAAAAUCCCGAGGGAGAAUGAUGGAGGUGAGGAGGAUCUGUUGUAUUGGGGCUGGCUACGUGGGCGGUCCCACCUGCAGCGUCAUCGCACAGAUGUGCCCUGAAGUGACGGUUACCGUGGUUGACGUGAACGAGGACCGCAUCCGUGCCUGGAAUUCUGAUAGCCUUCCCAUCUUUGAGCUUGGACUCCAGGAAGUGGUGGAAUCAUGCCGCGGGGUCAACCUUUUCUUCUCCACAGACAUUGAUGAGGCCAUAAAAAAUGCAGACCUGGUCUUCAUAUCUGUCAAUACGCCUACCAAGACAUUUGGGAUUGGUAAGGGUCGAGCAGCGGACCUGAAGUACAUAGAAGCAUGUGCCCGGCGCAUUGCCGACGUCUCCAGUGGCUGUAAGAUUGUUGUGGAGAAAAGCACAGUUCCUGUACGUGCUGCUGAGAGCAUCCGCCGCAUCUUCAAUGCCAACACCAAGAGUAGCCUCAGCUUCCAGGUUCUCUCAAACCCAGAGUUUCUUGCUGAGGGAACAGCCAUCACUGAUCUGAAGAAUCCAGACAGGGUAUUGAUUGGGGGGGAUGAGACCCCUGAGGGCCAACAUGCUAUUCAGGCCUUGCGGAGCAUCUAUGAACACUGGGUCCCCAAGAACAAGAUCAUCACCACCAAUACCUGGUCCUCUGAGCUUUCCAAGCUGGCAGCCAAUGCCUUUCUUGCCCAACGUAUCAGUAGCAUCAACUCUAUCAGUGCCCUCUGUGAGGUAACCGGUGCUGAUGUGGAGGAGGUGGCGCAUGCCAUUGGGACAGACCAGAGAAUAGGCAGCCGCUUCCUGAAGGCCAGCGUAGGAUUUGGUGGCAGCUGUUUCCAGAAAGACGUUCUCAAUCUUGUGUACCUAUGCGAGGCGCUGAACUUACCCGAGGUUGCAAGAUACUGGCAACAGGUUAUAGAGAUAAACGACUACCAGCGAAAACGAUUCUCCUCACGGAUAAUCAACUGCCUCUUCAACACAGUGACAGACAAGAAGAUAGCCUUGCUCGGAUUCGCUUUCAAGAAAAACACUGGCGAUACAAGGGAAUCCUCUAGUAUCUACAUCAGUCGCUACCUGCUGGAGGAGGGAGCCUGUCUACACAUCUAUGACCCAAAGGUUAAAGCUGAGCAGAUCAUGCAGGACCUGACUAAGCCCACACUCUCAGAAAGACAUGACACUGCCACAGUUUCUCGUCUAGUCACCAUCGUCACAGACCCAUACAAGGCUUGUGAGAAUGCCCAUGCAAUUGUGAUCUGCACAGAGUGGGAUAUGUUCACGGAGCUGGACUAUGAGAGGAUCCAUAAAGCCAUGCUGAAACCUGCCUUCAUCUUUGACGGCAGAAGGAUCUUGGACAGCUUGCACGACCAACUCCAGCAUAUUGGCUUCCAGGUGGAGACUAUUGGGAAAAGAGUUAACCAAAGAAUCCCUUUCACUGCCAGUGGCGACAGGUCUGAAAUGGACCAACCGCAAACAUUGAAGAAGAACAAACUGUGAAGUGUUCUUUACGGGACAGCAGCGUCAGAGCCGGCUCAAUGCAGUAGAAAAUUAAACCAAGUUAUAGUUUUGCUUUAAUAUUAAAAUCAGACAUUUCAGCACCCGCAUCAACUAGAUGGAAUGACUUCAAACAAAUAAUUAUGUUAGCUACAAUGAAAGAUAGGCCUGGAGAAUGUUUGGGUUCAAGACCUGGUUUGUCGGCUACAUGCGGCAACAAUAUCCCUCCAACCUUAUGCUUCAUUUCUUUGUGUUGUGCAUGUUGGACAACUACCAGGGUUUGGAUGUUUUACUUACACAAGGGGUAAAACAACUUAAACUGAUUUCAUAACUUUCUGUAUUUGCCCUUUUUUCAAGUUUUCUGCCUAAAAGUAUUCAUGUAUGAAAGCAAUUUUUAAAGGACAGAUUCCAUUUUUCUUACUAAAGAUAAUGUAUUUAGUUUUUAUUCAUUUCAAAGCAAUUUUUAUACAAGAUGGUGCUAGUUGAAUGUGAACCCGAUAAUGCAAUAUUCUAAUUAUAUGUAUUAUCUUUAUGCAUGAACUCUGUAAAGUAAAACAUUUAUCUAUAGUUUUUACAUGCAGAAUAAAAAGCAUUUUUAGUA